UAUGAUGGUGGCAAGCCGACGGGGCCCAUCUGCAAGAAGUGCGACGACAAGCGCGCCACCUACAUCCCCUGGCUGCCCGACGCCAACGCCUCGGUGCAGGCCUUGACGGACUACCCCAACCUGAAGCAGAACCUCGCGAACGUGCCCUCCCAGAUAACCUUGCCGCCCAAGUGCAGGAACUUCGAAUGCGAGGACAUGGUCGUGACGAGGUUCAUGUCGGCGACUGUCAGCAGGGAGUUCCUCUUCCUGACCGAGUCGGAGGUGAAAGAUCUAUCAAACAAGACCAUCAAGAGGCUGAAGAUCACAGAGUAUACUGGCCACAUUGACAUCGACGAGCCGCACUUCCUGGUGAUUGAUGAUAUCGGCGGCCCGUCCUUGACUGCGCAGUACCAGAAGAUCAAGAUCGACAUGGCGCAGCAGGUCAGUCGCAAGGAGACUCCUAUCACGAGGGCGGCGCAUUGUAUCCCUGAGCAGGUCGACAUCGCUUGGGAUUCUGAGUACAAGAAGUUCUGGGACAGCCUCAAUCACUUGCAGAAGGUGACGGAGACGGCGAUGAUGAAGACGGUAUGUCACCAGCAGCUCCAGUUCCUCGCGCGCUUUCGUCGGCGGCUCUGCCCAGCCCCAUCUAGCGCCCCAUGCCGACGCCAGCAGAACACCGCAGCCUUGUCGGCAGACGCCUUGCGCAGCCACUGCGAGAGCGGGCGCCCUUCCCCGUGUCCGUCGCCGCCGAUGUCGUGCGUGAGGGGUGGAGCUGGCACCGUGGUAUCUGCGCGCGGUUCGGAUGCCGGUUCGAAUAUUGGCACCGACGAUCGGUUUGACGGUUGCCCCGCAGAGACGUCUUUACAGUUCGCAUGCUGGAUCCAGAAGAACGACAUCAGCUCGGUGCUGUGCGGCGUGAGCUUGGGGAGAGCCGAGACGCAGGCAUAUGCGCUUCUGACCAAGCAUGCCAACUCCAAGCACUACGAGACGAACCACAAGCUGUUGAAGAACCACAUGGCGUUGGUGGAGAAGGCGAGACAGCUGCGACCGUUGCGGUUGAGGGUUAUCGACCAGCAGGCUCACGAUGACCUCAAGGCGCUGAAGGCUGCGAGCGUCGUGUUCCCCCUGAAGCUACAGGAGAAGCUGUGGACACUCGCUGCUCAGCGCCACUGGGAGGAGGUGAAGGUCCAGCACGACCCGACGCAAUCCCUUGUUGAUCUCUACAGCUUCUGCAAGCCCUACGUGUAUGUGGCCGCCGAUGCAGGAGUGCCAGCGGACGAGGUGCCAGAUAUGUCAUUCGAUCCGUUGAGGCCCAUGUUGGUGGAGAUGGAUUCGGACCCAGAUUCCAAGAUCCUCCUAUUCGUGGAUUGGUUCAUUAGUGACGUGUUCUGCGGCGUGCUCCUGAGCGGGGAGUCUGGCGUCGACCUUGCGAGGUCCUUCGUGUGCGCGCUGAUCCCGAUGCUCAAGCAGGACUGGAAAGCCCAGAGGAUUCCAUCGAAGCACAUCCCCCUGGUCUACGAGCUCAUGCUUGCAUUCAAGGUCGUCGAAGCUUGCGUUUGUAGCACCCCUUCCAUCGACGUCAUUCAGCAGAACGAGCUCGCGGACGAGCUCAAGGAUGCGGCUCAGGCCAACGCGGGGUCGCUCAGUGCCAGGGCAUGGCGCGCCAUGGCCACGACCAACUUCUACCAGCAGAAGAUCGAGGACAUCAAGGAGCACCAGGAGAAGUCAAGCAAGUACGCCGAUGCUGUCAACCACCACCUCGCAGAGCUUUCAAAAUACAGCGCCAUGGACACAUCCACGGUUCUCGGUAACUUCGUCGACGCGGUCACUUGGGUUAAGGAGUGUUUGAUUCAGUUGCCUAAGUGGGAGCUUGCUUUCCGCCAGGGCACGUUUGACGAUUUCUCGAAGCAGUGCAAGGUCAUCAUCAAAAGAAUAUGCACGGCGUACAAUGGAGCUACAGACGAGUUCAAGACAGACAAGUGCACUAUGCUGCAGGAGUUCACGGACGCGGCUAGCGCGCUCUGGCCGUACGGUGAUUUCAUCGCCGACCAGUCUGAGAAGGCCAAGAGUGUCAUGAGCGCCGCCCAUGACAAGAAGCGUGCGGGUAUGUUGUCAGCGGCACUUGACGCGGUGUACAACGACGCCGACGGGUUGAAUAUGGUCACGGACGAUGAUGCGACAGUGUUGAAGACAGCUUGCUCGGAGGUGGUCGGCGUCGAUCUCCCCCGCAUGCUCAGCAAAAAAGUCCACGUUGUCUUCGCGCAGAUGUUCUCGGCCUUGGCCGAGCACGCGAUCAGGUCGACAGACGUCCACCCCAUGCAGGACAGCAUCAUAAUGGCAAUGGUCACGUUGGCUUCUACGCGAGAUGCAGACGUGCAGAAGCAGUGGAAGUGCCUCGUCGCAGUCGCCAGGUUCAGCCUCGCGGCCGCCACAACCAUCCCGACGUUCAACAGCCUUGGCGAUAACGACGAUGCGAAGAUCAAGAACCCCAGCUGCAAAGAUGUCGUGCUUGACAUUUUCUCCAAGGUCGAUGGCUUCCGCAGCUCGGUGAGGCAGUGCGGGAAGCUGGGCGCGCACGAUUUCGACGAAGAGCACGAGCGCGGCCUCGCCGAUAUGAUUGAUCUGAUUCACGGGAAGGCAAAGAAGAUUGCCGAGGACUAUUGCGCCCAGGGGGAGGCCGAGCUGCAGGCCGCCCGCGUUGAGUGUGCGAAGAUCGCGAAGGGUGGCGAGGAUGGUGCAUCUUGGUCCGCUCAUGUCGCUAACAAGGCAUGCGAGGCGGUGGCGAAGCACGCCAAGACGACGCUGCCGACCAAGGAUCUGAGUUUCUACGAGGGCUUCCACGAGAAGCUGACGAAGGGCGAGCAGGAGUACGCUGCGUUGUGCAGCGAGCUGGCCGCCCAUCCAGAUGCCGAGUUCCAGGCCGGGGUCAAGGCGACUACCAAGAUCAUCGGGAUCACGAUCUGCGAGCACGAGCUCGCAGUCUUCUUCCAGAAGCGCUGCGCCAAGGUGGAAUCGCACGAAAAGGUCUCGGCGAUCGGCGCGAAGUUGGGCACGGUCGGUGCCGAUUUCGACGCCCUCGUGCAGGGCUUCGCGAAGAAAUUCAAGGCGGCCAUCGCCUUCGACUGA